CGCGCCCAGUUCAGCUGGGACCCCGAGACCGUGGGGAUGAUCCACGGCUCGUUCUUCUGGGGCUACAUCGUCACCCAGAUCCCCGGCGGCUUCAUCGCCCAGAAAUUCGCUGCCAACAGGGUGUUCGGGCUGGCCAUCGUGGCCACCUCGGUGCUGAACAUGCUGAUCCCCUCGGCCGCCCGCACGCACGUGGGCUGCGUCAUCGCCGUGAGAGUCAUGCAGGGGCUGGUGGAGGGUGUGACCUAUCCCGCCUGUCACGGCAUCUGGAGCAAGUGGGCGCCGCCGCUGGAGCGGAGCCGCCUGGCGACCACGGCCUUCUGCGGCUCGUACGCAGGGGCGGUGGUGGCCAUGCCGCUGGCCGGGGUGCUGGUGCAGUACUCGGGCUGGAGCUCCGUGUUCUACGUCUACG